CUCUACGACCUCAACAUCGCCUGGUCCCCGGCCACAACCACAGAGCGCCUCCUCCAAACGCUCACCACCGCCUCCUCUCUCGGCUACGCCACCGUCGCCCUCAACCACACCCUCGAGCUGCCCUUCCCCGCCAAUCCCACAACGCCGUUCCCAUCGCUCCCGACCUCUUCUUCUUCUUCUCCCGACUCCAAGCUGCCGCACGUCCUCCACCGCGCCACUCUCCCUCUCGCCGAUCCAGCCGCAUCAAACUACCGCCUCCCAUCUUUAGUCGGCGUCUACGACCUCCUCGCCAUCCGGCCCCUCACCGAAAAGGCCUUUCAGAAUGCCUGCCUCACUCUCGACAUUCCCAUCAUCUCGCUGGACAUGGCGCAGCAUUUCCCCUUUUACUUUCGCCCCAAGCCCUGCAUGGCCGCUGUAUCGAGGGGCGUGCGCUUCGAGAUAUGCUAUUCCCAGGCCUUGGCCGCCGAUCCGAGGGGACGCGCAAACUUCAUCUCCAAUGCGACCAAUCUCAUCAGAGCUACCCGAGGGCGAGGCAUAAUAAUAAGCAGCGAGGCGAAGAACGCAUUCGGUCUGAGGGCUCCCGCCGAUGUGGUCAACUUGUUCAAUGUAUGGGGUCUUCAGAGUGAAAAAGCUAUGGAGGGGCUGAGAACAAUACCGCGCAGCGUGGUGGUCAACGAGGGGAUGAAGAGAGACGGUUUCAGAGGAGUCAUCAACAUCGUCCAGGUGGUAAAGAAGAAUCCAGUGGAAGGCGACCAGACGGAUGACCAGUCCUCGGCGACAGACCAGCCCGGCAAGAGGAAGAACCAGAAACGAAAGAAUGGUGGGGAGGAUGGACAAACUAUCAGCAAGCGAGAGGCAAAAAAGAUGAAACUGGCAGCAAGAGCAGCA